UUGGCGGCGUCUUCUUCUUUCUUCUUCGUCGGCGGCGUCUUCUUCCUCGUCGGUCGGGAUAGCUUCAACGUCGUCGGUGGCGGGAGAUCCAACAAGUCGUCGCCGACCUCGCAGCCCUCGUCGCUGUUGGUGGUGGUUUUCGGGAGAAGAAGAAAAAGAGAGGGAGAGGGUUCGAAAUGGCUCAGCUUGCCCAAAAAAAUAUCCAUCCUCACAAAACAGUGCCGGUGA